UCUUCUCCAUAUUAAUCAAGAAUCAACAACAAAUUUCAGCGAUGGAGAAUAUUAUUGAUUUCUUCUCUCAAUACUUGAUUCACUUCAUAAUCUUAUACAUUUCCGUUGGCGUCACCUAUCUUUUCUUCUACAAAAAAUCUUCCGCCACAAAUCUCCCACCAGGCAAAAAAGGAUUGCCCUUCAUCGGUGAAACUCUGUCCUAUGUCUUGGCCGCUCGAAGAGGAACUCCGGAGAAAUUCGUCACUGACCGAACCACCAAAUUCUCCCCUGAUGUCUUUCGCACUUCCUUGCUCGGCGAAGACAUGGCUGUGUUUUGUGGACCUUCAGGCAAUAAAUUCUUAUUCUCAGGCCAAAACAAAUACGUAACUUCCUGGUGGCCACAUUCCAUUAAAAAGGCUCUGAUGCAUCCUGACAAUAUCAACAAUUCUUCCCUGGAAGAGGCCACUAAAUUGCGUAGCUUUUUGCCGCCUUUUCUCAAACCUGAAUCCCUUCAACAUUACAUUCCUGUAAUGGAUUCCAUGGCGAGGGAACACUUAGAGAAAGAAUGGUUUCCCUACAACGAUGUGAAGGUUUUUCCAUUGUCGAAAAAAUACACUUUCGCGCUGGCUUGUCGGUUGUUCAUUAGUGUUACGGAUCCUGAUCAUAUAGCGAAGUUCGCCGAGCCCUUUGCCCUUGCCACUGCGGGACUCAUGUCGGUGCCAAUUGAUCUUCCGGGGACAACUUUCAAUAGUGCAGUGAAAGCAGGGAAAACUAUUCGGGAGGAGCUUACGUCCAUUAUUCUGAAGAGGAAAGUUGAGAUUGAUGAGAAGAAAAUUACAGUGGCUACUGAUUUGUUGAGUAGCAUGCUGAUUGAUGGAAUGACUGAGAUUGAGAUUUCUGAUAAAAUCAUUGGUUUCUUCAUUGCAAGCCAUGAUACUACAAGUACUGCCAUCACUUUCAUCGUUAGCUAUCUCGCAGACUACCCAGAUAUCUACCAAAGAGUUUUCGAAGAACAAAUGGAGAUUUUCAAGUCAAAAGAACAAGGAGAAUUGUUGAAUUGGGAUGAUGUGAAGAAGAUGAAAUACUCUUGGUGUGUGGCAUCCGAAGUAAUGAGGCUAGCACCACCUGCUAAUGGAUCUUUUAGAGAGUCCAUAAUUGACUUCAAUUAUGCUGGUUAUACAAUCCCAAAAGGAUGGAAGACAUUUUGGACUGUUCAUACUACACAUAAGAACCCGAAUUAUUUCCCGGAUCCAGAGAAGUUUGAUCCUUCAAGAUUUGAAGGGAGUGGUCCUGCACCUUACACUUUUGUACCAUUUGGGGGAGGACCUCGAAUGUGCCCUGGAAAAGAGUAUGCUCGACUAGAAAUACUUGUUUUCAUGCAUAAUUUGGUGACAAAAUUUGAGUGGGAGAAAAUGAGUCCAGAUGAAAAGAUUUCAUACAUUCCAUCACCCAUUCCAAUGGAAGGUCUUCCAGUUUCAAUCAAGACCAUUUAAACAUAAUUAUUAAAGAGUUUUAAAAGUAUUUGCUUUGUCUGGAAUAAAUUUGUACUGGCUUUGUUGUCAAAGGAGCUAGGCAAUUGCCAACUUUGUUAUUUCUUUCUUUUUCUUUUGUUUGGGGUGGGCGAUGAUUUAUAGGUGUCACUACUUAUUGUUUUUGUCUC